CGACAUCACGGCGACUUGUCAAGGUUAAGGUUAAUUGCGUCCCCAAUUGAUCUUAUCAGCAGACCGGAUGCGACCGAAAUCCAACUUCUCUUCUCCACCCAACAGGUGCUAGCGGAGGCCUCACAGUAUCCUCGAUCAACAAUCCCUUACUAUGUUACUUCACCAGUCGGAGAUCACGGAGUCCCAUCCCAAACCCUUGCAAGGCCUCUUAGGGGGGAUUGGCAUUGCGCUGUCUGUUCAUUCUCUUCUGGUGCUUAAUGGAUCUGUCCUUGGGGUUUCUGCUUUUGUUCACCGCUCCAUUCGAGGAGAUAAAGCAGCGAUGGCUUCCGUUGUGGGUCUGGUUCUAGGUGGCAUUGUAGCCGGUAUCAUCGGCAAUGUGGACACCCUGGAGCCCCACACUGUGUCUCCGCUUCUUCGAAUGGUGUUUUCUGGAUUACUCGUCGGUAUUGGGACCAGGUUAGCCAAUGGAUGCACCUCAGGCCAUAUGAUUUGUGGCUUGUCUCGAUUUUCUCUUCGGUAUGCUUUGGACUCGCCCUUUCGGUAUUUGUGGAUUCAUUAUAUGGAAAGUUCUCUGGUGGCAACAGUCACAUUCUUUGCAAGUGCCGUAGCUACAACCUACUUCGCUCAUGAUGCUCUUGGAACAUCUGUGUCGUUUGAUUGGACCCUCGAUAACCAGGGACGACAGUUUUUAGGCGCAAUUCUUUCCCUUGGGACCCUUUGGCUUGCUUAUACGUGCUCGGCUCUCAAGAAUGGCAGCACUUUAAGACUCUCUAUUCUUCGCUAUCUUGCGAGUUUCUUGACACCAUUGGCCUUCGCGUUCUCCCUCCGCCUCGGCAAUAUGGUCGAUCCUCACAGAGUUCUAGCAUUCUUGGCGUUACCGUUGUCCUCAGCAUUCGACCCGACUCUGGCAUUCGUUGCAGGAAGUGCUCUACCUCUGGCUACCCUGCUCUAUCGGUAUGCGCAUGUAGAACAACCUAAGCUUGGUGGCAAAUGGAACAUCCCGACCUCCCCAAAAAUCGACCUGAGGCUCAUACUUGGUUCAGUCAUAUUUGGGAUUGGCUGGGGGAUAGCUGGUAUUUGCCCUGGUCCUGCUCUAGUCAACUUCGGACGUUCCCUGUAUGCUGGUAUCGGUUUCGCGGAGUAUGCGGCUUGGCUUUUGUUCAUGGGUUUCGGUGGUUUGCUUGUCAAGUGAUGUGAUUAUCAUAAAAGUCGUUGGAUGCUGAAAGCUACAGUCACCAGGGAUUAUCAGGAUUUUGUCUUAAAUCACAAUUUUUUUUUUCAAAUUGCGUUUACUUCAUGUCACUCUAGCUAGCCUAAUGUCGAAUGCGCUGCGUAUAUGCAUUAUUGCAAUUCGAUCGUCUGAAGACGAAUAAUGUAUAUCAUACAUACACUCCAACUACAAUAGAUUAAAUAACAAGCUC